GCCAGGGACAAGAAUUCAUUCCUACAGGGCUCCGGUCUCGUAAAGUAGCUUUCAUACACUUUGUGUGCGUGUCGGGAACGAGAGAACGAGACGGAUCUGCGUAAAUGACUGUGGUUAGGCUAUAGCCUCCCUCUAGCUGGUCCGGGGUGUUUCUGCCACCUAAUCCGUUAUGUGAUUGUCCUUUAAUUUCUAUCCUUCGGUUUUUCUUUUUUGUUAACUUGAUUUCCAACAGCAGCCUUUCUACCAGAAGCCAAAUAGGACUUGUAAUCAAAUACCGGUGUGCGUUUUUAGUAGGUUAGGGCUUCUGCGUUUCGAACGGGUGGACCCGACUCAAACUUCGUGUGGAGGCUGUCAUUAAAACUCAACCAUUCAACGAAGAAGGCAACUGCAGACAGUGAGGAGACCCGACACCUUUAUUUGUCGGAGACGUCCCGAGGAGUGCCUCUCACCAAAACCGGGACGUUAUCGCUGGUGCCUCUUUUUACUCCCAUCGCUAAGAAGAGGAUUUCAAGGAUUAUAUGCAUUUAAGCAAAUGAAACGGUCUCAAAAGCUGACUUAACAAUGGGGUCUCCAAACCAGUGAAGAGCCUCUGACCAAAGACCAGAGGAAACAGGAAGAAGUGAACAAAGCAAAAAAAGAAGCGAAAAAAAGCCCAAACAAAAGAAGAGGGAAUUCUCAGAGAGAAAGAGGGAGCGGGAACCCCUGUUGAAAAGUGGAGGUCAGCCUGCAGUAGGAUCAGCCUGCAGUAGAAUCAGCUUUGAGGCUGGUGUUCUGGGGUGCAUGCUGCUCUCUCCAGUGGACAUCCUCCAUUGUUUGACAGAAAGUUAACAAAAGACAAAGAAUGGGCAAUAAACGGAGAGGAGGGUGUGAAGGGAUGGAGCCCGGAGGAGGGAUGUCCACUCCAAGGAGCAUGGCUCUUGGAAGUAGGACUGGUGUCAUUCUGCUUCUGACCAUCCUGGUAGCUGCAGUCCAGGCUCAGGGGGCAUGGCCUUUGGGUAAUGGCCAGGGACAGGUGGAGGCGCUGGGGGGCAUGCUGGUGGAGGGACCCGGGGAGCUGGAGGCCUCCAUGCACUCCUUCAUACUAUCAGACUUCCAGGCGGUAGAGGCGGGGUUGGAGGCCUUGGAGCAAGCGGCGGCAAGAGUCCGGCAGGAGGCGGGGGGAGCGGCAGGAUUCCCUGACUCGUCGGCUGUGGUGGGUCGGGUGUUUCAGAUGAAGUUCCAGGCGAACACCGACUAUACCAGCAACACCAAGAUAACUGAGUCAGGCAAGGAAACGCUACCGUCAUGGCUUCACUGGGACACGAAGAGCAACGUUCUACAGGGUCUACCACUGGAGAAUGACAAAGGUGUCCACUACAUCUCCGUCUCCACAUCCAACGGCAGCCAGGAUGUCUUCUCCAUCGAGGUUUACCCAGAGGAACAUGCCGACAGCGACCCCAUCCAGCUGGCAAUCCAGUCAACGUCUAACAAUGACGUGCAGCCAUUCGUUUGUGGUAAUGAGGAACCGGUAACGGUGCUCACAGUUAUUCUGGAUGCGGACCUGACCAAAAUGAAUUCCAGACAGAGGGUAGAGCUGCUGGGCAAGAUGAAGAAGUUCUCUGGCGUGGCGCUGCAGCACAUGAAGAUUCUUCCCGUGGUUAACAACAGAUUGUUUGACAUGUCCGCCUUCAUGGCUGGACCAGGAAAUGCCAAGAAGGUGGUGGAGAACGGAGCUCUCCUCUCGUGGAAACUGGGUUGUUCCCUGGAUCAAAGUAACGUCCCUAACAUCAGCAGCGUUCAGGCGCCUGCCAAAGAAGGCACGAUGUCGGCUCAGUUGGGAUACCCCGUGGUCGGUUGGCACAUCGCCAACAAGAAACCUCAUAUCCCCAAACGGGUGAGGCGCCAGUUGAACAACACACCUACCCCAGUUCUAACUGUGGUUCCUCCACCCUCUGUGGUGGAGCCUCCUGUUCGCAUCGUACCCACUGUCACAUCCCCCGCUAUCGCCACCCCUACAGACAGCUCGGCCCCACCCAUGAGGGGGCCAGUGCCCUUGCCCAUGAAGCCCACAAUCCGUGUCAGAGACUCCUAUGCCCACACUCCCACCCAGAGUGUGGCCCUCCCCACCAGAGUGAUAGAGUCCACUAGUACCAUCUCGAUUCAACCCACGAUGACCAGGCAUUCCCUUCCUGAUCUCACGCCAAUACUCCCCCCGACCACCCCAGUUGCCACCAGAAAGCCAACCAAGAGACCAAAGAGACCCAAGACCACCCCAAUACCCAAAACCACCACAGCCAAACCAGCCAGGCGCACCACCCUUUCGCCUGCCGUGCCUGACCCAAGCAACGAGAAACCAGAUCUACGCAACCCCAUCGAUCAGGUCAACGCCUUUGUGGGCACAUAUUUUGAAGUGAAGAUCCCAUCCGAUACGUUCUUUGACAAGGAGGACGGCACGACAGACAAGCUGAGGUUGACCUUGCGAAUGAACCACAAUGAGGUGGUUGGGGACGACUCCUGGAUAAAGUUCAAUAGCACAAGCCAGCUGCUAUAUGGCCUGCCUGACUCAAAUCAUGUUGGUAAACAUGAGUAUUUCAUGCAGGCAACUGAUAAGGGUGGUCUGAAUGCAAUUGACGCCUUUGAGGUCCGUGUGAACCGAUGGGCUUCCAAUGGUAAGUCCCCAGUACUGUUCCAGGCCCGCUUUCAUGGUGAACCCCGCCAGGUGACUAACGAUAUCAACAAGAAGAUCAUGCUUGUCAAGAAGCUAGCGUACUCAUUCGGCGACCGCAACAGCAGCACGAUCACGCUGAGGAACAUCACCAAAGGAUCCAUCGUGGUGGAGUGGACCAACAACAGUCUCCAGCAAAACCCUUGUCCCAAAGAGCAGAUCCAGACCAUGUCCCGGAGGAUAUCUGACGUCCAGGGGAGGCCAUCCCAGACCUUCGUCUCUGCCAUGGAACCUGACUUCAAACCCAUUGACAUCAAGGUCAAAGGGACAGGCAUCUGCCGAAACUACAUGUUUGUGCCCCCAGGCGAAAUCACUGUUCCUAUCCCGCCAGCGGCAACUCCAGCGAUGGGCACUGGACGGCAAAGCACGGACGACGUUUACCUCCACACGGUCAUCCCUGCUGUGGUGGUGGCGGCCAUUUUGCUGAUCGCUGGCAUCAUUGCCAUGAUCUGCUACCGCAAGAAACGCAAGGGCAAGCUGACCAUCGAAGACCAAGCGACCUUCAUCAAGAAGGGGGUGCCGAUUAUAUUUGCAGAUGAGCUUGAUGACUCCAAACCCCCGCCAUCCUCCUCCAUGCCCCUCAUCCUCCAGGAAGAGAAGCCCCCUCUGCCUCCGCCGGAGUACCCCAGCAUGGCCAGUCCAGAGACCACCCCCCUGAACCAUGACCUCCUGGGGGAGUACACCGCUCUCAGGGACGAAGAUCCCAACGCUCCUCCCUACCAGCCCCCGCCCCCCUUCACCGCCCCCAUGGAAGGAAAAGGCUCUCGUCCAAAGAACAUGACCCCCUACAGAUCCCCCCCACCAUACGUACCCCCCUAAGGUUAGCUGGCUCCUCCAUGAAGGGAGGAGGGAAGCAGGGGGACUUUUUAACGGUCUCGCACCAGUCUCGUCUUGUUUGGAAAUGAGGGGUGGGAGGAGGGUAGAGGCUCUGUGGCGAAGUGGGAACGAACUUUGUACUUUGGGUUGGGAGGGUUUUGGGGUGAUGUGAUCAAGGCUGAGUUGAAGUUGAAAGAUAGAACGGAGGGAGAACUAGGUGGUAGCCGUGGUAACAGCAGCCACAUUAAGGAUGCUAUUCAGUCUCUUGUCAUCUCACUGGCUAAAGCUGAACAACUAGUUUGGAAAGACAUGCCCCUCCUGUCUCAAUUAUUUUUAUUUCUCAGUUUGAGACUAAAUGGGCUUUUGCUUUACUUUGUGCAUUUUGUUGUUGUUUUCUUUCUGUUGUUUUUGGACUGACUUAAAUCCAACUACUUGCCUAACAGCUCUCUUUAUUUUCUAUAUUGAAUAAUACAAGAAGACAAGAAACAAACACACUGUAGGCUAAAAGGUUUCUAAUAGAGAGGAAGCGUUCUAUGAUCCAAAACAAAAGCAACAUAAUGAUGUGGAUCUAGGACAGCCUGCCUCUAGGCUGGUCAGCCGGUCGGUUCGUUCAAUAAGGUUUGCCUUUUAACACUAAUUGUAUGUUUGUAUCCUUAUUCACACAAUGUCUAGUGACGAUAUGCAUUACAAAGGUAGCGUAAAAACAUAAUUAGAAAUGUUUUCUUUUUUGUUUUCUUUUAAAUCCAAUGUAUAUUGGGAGAAGUAUCUGAUAGGUAGUAAUAGUAUGGUUUUGGUGGUGGUGGUGGAGGAGAUCUCCUGAUUGAACUAGCCUGCAGAAUCUCUGUAUAUUUGGAAAAGUAUCUGAUCGUAAUAGUGUUGUUUUGGUGGUGGUGCUGGAGGAGAUCUCCUGACUGAAAUAGCCUGCAGGAUCUCUUUUUCCCCGAUCAGAAAGGUAUGGUGCAACCCAAUAGACAAUAGAGAGUCCAAGACUAGUCCAGGCUAAACAAGCACUACCAAUAGCCUAUGUUAGAGUGUAGGGCCGCAAUGACAACCAUGAUUUUCGUCCACCCUGGCCAGCGUAGUAUUACAUGUACAGUUUACACUUAACUUGCCUAGGUUUCCCAAAGCCACCCGAAUCAUUCAAGACUGAAAUACGAUAAAUAACAAUUGAAUGUCCCACUUUUUUAUUAUUAUUAUUUAAAGCUCCCUUAUCUGAAUAUUAUGAUUAUCACUAUAUGAUCAUUGUCCUAAUAUGAUCAUAACAUUGACAAUUUCAAUGCCAUUCUGCCUUUGUGGUGAUACGACAAGUGUCUUCUGUAAAUAACUAUUGAUUCGCCUGUUGAAAUAAUAAUAAGUGUAUUUAUAAUUCAAUAACAUUUGUGUAAAUCAGAUAUGGAAAAAGACUCCUGCAGUUUAUUUUAGACAAGGGGUAAUUAUUUUUUUAUGUAGCAAGGAAGCUCUUGUUCUCAUAGUUAUUAUGCGGGAAACAGUUAGGUCCUGUUGAAAGUGAUCCAGAUUGUUCUGAAAGGGAUACAACAUUCAUUCACAUAUUUCAAAGGGCAUUGUUGCAGU